AUGCCGCCAUCCUCCGCUUGUGCAAAGGAGAGGAAGAACCAGUCCGGACGGCCGCGGCAGCCCCCGCACGCCGUGGGUGACUGCCAGGAGCUGACUGACGUGGAGCGGGCCAUCGAGACCGUCAUCAACCAGUUCCACUGCUACGCAGUGAAGGGGCAGAAGGAGUACCUGACGCCCAACGAGAUGCAGGAGCUGGUGGUGCAGAAGCUGCCCCACCUGGGGAAGGUGCUGGUGACCAACUUUGACAAAUACUCCAGCCGCCACUGCUGCUGCAAGAAGCCGCGGCGCAUCAGCAAGAAGGAUUUCCGCAAGAUGCUGAGCUGCGAGCUCAACCACAUGCUGACGGACACCGGGAACCGUCGAGCGGCCGACAAGCUCAUCUGCGACCUGGAUGAGAACAAAGACGGGCGCAUCAGCUUCGAGGAGUACUGGACCUUGAUAGGCGGCAUCGCCAGCCCCAUCGCCCAAAUCAUCCGCCAGCAGGAGCAGAGCACCAAGCACACCAAGUAG